AUGAAGUUUUGCACAGUGUCCUCUACAAAAAUCCCCAUUAGGAAAAGAAUGUGCCUUUUGCACCAGUUUACGAGCGUUUCAACUUCUUGUGAUACCCAAGUGAAGGACUCUUCUUCUGAUGAAAGCGCCACCCCAGAGACGAGUUACAGUGAACUGCAGCAAAGAAUGCAGAUGCAUGCGGCCUCAGGGAGCAUUGUUAAAGCUCUUGCGUCUUUGAAUUCAAUGAAAAAUGUGCCAGGAAAGCCAACUGUGUACGACUAUAAUUCGAUGAUUUAUUGUUAUUACAAGUCUGGGUAUGUUAACUUUAAUGAGUUGUUUGAUGUAUAUAUUGCAAUGAAAAGAUUUGGACCGAAUCCAAAUGCCUUGACUUUUAAUACGCUAUUGAACGGGUUAAUAUUGGUUGGCAGAUUGAAAGAUGGGAUUUAUAUUGCACAAGAAAUGAUUGAGAGUGGGUUUUUGCCUUCGUAUACUGUUCUAUCAAAAAUGUUUAAGAAAUUGUUGAAUCUAGGAAGUGUAGUGGAAUCUCUCACAGUUCUGGAUAUUAUGUUGAGUCUGGAUUAUAUUCCUAGCGAACAUGAUAUUAAUGGCUUGAUUCAUGGUCUUUGUAAAGUCAAAUUGAUUCAACAAGCAUAUGUUGUGUUAUUGGCACUUUUGGGGAAGGGAUGCUUUUGCAGUGCACAUUUAUAUAAUCCCAUAUUGUGGGCUUUGUGUAAGUUUGAGGACAAUAAUAGUGCCUUAGCAUUUUUUGGUUGGUUAAAAAAGAAGGGUUUUGUACAUAAUGUUUACUCGUAUACUGCACUUAUUUAUGGUUAUAGUAAGUACAGGUUGUGGGACGAAGCUUUUCAUUGUCUCCACGAAAUGGAAAAUGAAGGUUGUAAUCCAAGUGUGAUAACUUAUACUAUAGUUGUUAAGUUUCUCUGUGAUGUCGGAAAUGUUGACGAGGCACUUUGCCUUCUGAAAAAGAUGGAUGAGAAAGGAUGUGAUCCUGACUUGGUUACAUACAAUAUAAUCCUCCGUGAACUUUGCCAUCAAGGUAGGACUGUUGAAAUCAGUGAUCUGGUUCGAGUUAUUGAUCAAAGGGGUUUGUCACCAGAUAUGUAUACCCAUUCGGCUUUGGCUGGAGGCACGUUGAAAAGGGGAAAAACAGAAAUUGCAAAUAAGCUAUUGCUUCGUAUUAUUUAA